AGACUUUCAAAGAAAAUAUCAGUUCAAGCGAUACAGUUAUCGGAAAGUUUACCUUGUGUUUCCAAAUACCUGGAGGCUAAUUAACGGUAGCAGGGAAGUGAGGGUCACAUAUAUAAGGGGUUGUAAAUCUUAAGACAAGACAGUCUCGCGUGAACUGUUGACCCAAGAGGCAAGACUACUGAAUUAUGUUGAUUUAUUUUAAAUAACGUGACUAUAAAGUUCGUCAACGUAAUCAUUCGCUUAAAGUACUUCAACCAGUAGGGCACAGUUCAAUCUGGUGUUUGCCUACGCUUUAUUAUAAUGAGAACUCAACUGUUAUUGGUUGCUGUGGUCGUAGGAGUUUUUGCUCUGUGCCAGGCACAGGAUAUUUCUCUUUUACUGAACGACAGAAAUUAUGUCGAGAAACAGAUUAAUUGUGUAGUCGGUAAAGGAUCGUGUGAUAGAAUAGGACAGCAGAUCAAAGUUUUGCUACCGGAAGUACUGAAUAAUCAGUGCUCACGAUGCUCUCCCCAACAGGCUCAGAAUGCUCGGAAACUGGUCGAUUUUAUGAAACAACGUUAUCCCAACGAAUGGCGCAUCAUUCUUAAACGUUUUUCUGGACGUCAGGGUUGAAAAUUGCAUUUAGAUAUAAAUAUUAAGCACUGAAAAGUUAUAUUUAUAAUAAGAAUAAAUCGUACUGUUAUUCAUUUUAAUUUUUGUGUCUCGUUAUAUACAUUCUAGCGAUAUAAUUGUCAAAGAAAUUAAUUACAGACUUUCGUUCAUAUAAAUAAAGUGGAAUGAUGUCGUAUAGACGAAUCGAUCUGGACCAGCAUACGUGAAGCCAUUAGGAUUGAGUAAAAUGGACAAAAUAAAUUUUUGUUUAACGUUUCAA